CCAGGUUUUGCAAACUUUCGAGUUAGUUUCAGUCGGUGGCUGUAGUUGGCGUCUCCGCUCCCGGGACUUUGGAAACUUGAGCUGCAAGUUGAAGGAACCAGAGGCCGGGUCCUCCCCUCUGGACCGGGAGUGCCCCGGAGGGUUCGCUACCGCGACGCGGAGCGUUGUAGGAGCCUCUGCACGUCCUGUCUGUUUUUGCAAUCUGUCUCUCUCGCCUUUUUAUUUCAGCGCCAGUGAAAGGCCGUUCCACCCCGCGAGGGAACCAGAGUCGUUGACCAUGGUUGCGACUGGCAGUUUGAGCAGCAAGAACCCGGCCAGCAUUUCAGAGUUGCUGGACCGUGGCUAUCACCCAGGGAGCCUGCUAAGUGAUUUGGACUACUGGGAUUAUGUUGUUCCUGAACCCAACCUCAAAGAAGUAAUAUUUGAGGAGACAACUUGCCAAAAUUUGGUUAAAAUGCUGGAGAACUGUCUAUCCAAAUCAAAGCAAACCAAACUUGGUUGUUCAAAGGUCCUCGUCCCUGAGAAACUAACCCAGAGAAUUGCUCAGGAUGUCCUGCGGCUUUCCUCCACGGAACCCUGCGGCCUACGAGGCUGUGUUCUGAACGUGAACUUGGAAACUGAAAAUGUAUGUAGAAAGCUGGAUAGGAUUGUGUGUGAUUCUAGCGUGGUACCUACUUUUGAGCUUACGCUUGUGUUUAAGCAGGAGAACUGCACAUGGACAAGCUUCAGGGACUUUUUCUUUAGUAGAGGUCACCUCUCAUCUGGCCUCAGGAGAACUCUGAUCCUCAGCUCAGGAUUUCGACUUAUUAAGAAAAAACUUUACUCACUGAUUGGAACAACAGUUAUUGAAGAGUGCUAAGAAGGAAGAAAAUUUUAAAGGUUCUUUCAUGAUUGGUUAAUAAAACUAUGCAGCUUCUCAGAUAAAGUCAUGUGUAGUUUUUCCUGCCUGUUCUUGAUAGAAACCCUAAGUGUAGACCAUCUUCUCUCCUUUUUUUCUUAGCAAAUGCAGCUAAAAGGCUGAUUUUGUGGCCCUUGAAGAAAUGAUUCGAGAGAGUGUACAUUUUCUGCAUAUGUCACAUCUUUUACAGAAU